AUGAAGUCCAUUAUCUUAUUGCUUCUUCUCUCCCUCCUGUCCAUGACCUCUGCCUACUACAACUGUGGUACCAACGCAUGUGACCGUUACUGGACCUGUCUGAAGGGUAUCCCACCCUACCCAUCAUGUUCCAAUGGAUGUGGUGAACGUGUUGCCUUGAUCCAGGAUGUAGUCAACCGCUGGAAGCAGGAUGGUAUUGACUUUGUCCAGGUCUCUGUCACUGUGAAGAACAUCGGACCAGUUGCCAUUAAGGAUGUCCUGAUUGAUGGUGCUGAGCUUCCAUUCACUGGUACCGAUCUCUGGAAUGUCAACCGUCUGCCAAAUGGUGACAUCAUGUUCCCAUCGUACCAAGUCAGUCUUGCUGCCGGCUACUCCUUCAACUUUGGUUACAUUGCCCGCUCCGAUUCACCAGCUCACCUCUGGAUCAAGAACAUCUAUGUCUUGUAA